UUUUAUUAUGCCGGCUGGAUUCUUCCGGGUGUGCUUGGUGGUAAUCACAGCUAUUGUCAACCAUCCAUUUCUCUUCCCAAAGGAAAAUGUUACUGUUUUUGAAAACACAGAAGAAAUCAUUGAAAAGAUGAAAGAGCGUGAGGAGAACCUGAGGUUAGAGCAGCUGAAACUGGAGCAGGAAUUAGCAGCACAAGAAGUUUCAGUGGAUUCCUCAGAGGAGAAGACUGGACCAGAAAAACAGUACGACCAUGAUUCACUUUCUUGGAAUUUCUGGACUGCAUUGUCCAUGAUAGUCUUCCUUCUGAUUGAAUUCUGGAGACAGGAUUACCAGGAAGGGAACUGGCAAGAUUAUACUAAAGAAGAUGAUGAAAUUAAUGUUCUGGGAAGAAUAUUCAAGGGUUUUAUUCUACCAGACAAAGUCACAUUGGACAGUUUUUAUGAAAGAUGCCUCCAGAAUAUGACAAGUGAUAUUGCUAGGAACCGAGAACUUGUGGAAGGCUUUGCAGAUGACUUAUUAGAAGCUUUGAGAAGCAUGUGUAAUCGAGAUACUGACAUGGAAGUGGAAGAGUCUAUAGGAGUUGGGAGCAUGUAUGAAAACUGGAGAGCAAACAAGCCUUUCACUUGUGAUUUCAUUGUCCCCUUUAAUCCUCCAGAGCCAUACUGUUUCCAAUUUGAGACCUGGUGUUCAGGAGAGUCUGUUCUACCGGACAAAGAAAGUUAUGGUAUGAUAAAGAUCAGCCGGACAGAUGAUAACUCAUCAAGUUGUAUCUGUGAUAAAACUAAAUUGGGAGAAGAUUUACUUUGUUUACUUCAUAGCAAAGUGAGCCAAUCUAGGCAGAAUAACCAUGUGGAAGAUCUCCUUUGCUUCAAAGACACUCAGUAUCUUGAUUCUGACCAGGUUAUGACGUGGUUCCAGAUGGCACUUACCAGGGGAUGGAAUAAAAUUGCACACAAGUAUGAAUUCAGUCUUAUUUUCAAUCACCUGGAUGCUCCAGGUCAUCCUAGUUCAGCAUGGGCUUCUGACUGUCUGGAGGCCAGGCUGCAAGAUGUACUCAACUUUUUGGAGAAAAGCUUGCAAGAAAAAAGGCUUUACCACUUUUUCAUUGGAAAUAGAAAUCUGCCACAGGAACUGGGUGUUCCAGUGGAGUUCCAAAAGGCAGAACCACUGAACCUUUUCCGCCCCUUUGUACUGGAACGAAGUACUUACAGAAAAACUAUGGACAUGUUCCACGAAAUGCUUAAAAAUACAUCAGCUUUAAUUAAUGAAUAUUCCAUGCAUGUUCCAAAUGGACAGGCAACUCCACUAAAUAAAGAGCUUCUCUGACAGCUCCUUCUUUGACAUACCAUAUAUGCAAAUCUCCCCAUGGGAGAAGAUGUAUACAUGUAGAAUUUACAGAUGGAUGUAUAACAAAUACCAUUUUCAUUUUCUUUCCAAUGAUCUUGGCUGAUAUUUAUGUAAUCUUCAACAUUUUUAUCACUGUGUAUCUCUUUGUUGUAAUGAAUUUAAAGAAAAAACAUUUUUAAUUUAUU